UUGGCUUUGUUGUCUUGUCCUGAUGCCAGUUUGCGAGCAGUAAAACUGAGGAGGUUAAAUAACGAGAAGAAGAGAAGAAGAAGCACACGUGUUAUAGGCUGAUCAUAUCAGCUGAUCACAGAAACGGAAGAGCAAGCAAAGAUAGAGAGAGAGAUUGAGAGAUUUUGUAGUACCAAACUUGAUAGGAUCUCUUUGUUGGGUUUUGGUCAGAACAAGGAACAAGAAGACAACAUGGUGGCUAUGGUGCCUGUGGACUCGCUACCUUUAGGGUUUAGAUUCAGGCCAACUGAUGAAGAAUUGAUAAGCCACUACUUGAGACUUAAAAUCAACGGUCGUGAUUCUGAAGUUGAAGUCAUCCCUGAAAUUGAUAUUUGUAAAUGGGAGCCUUGGGAUUUGCCUGGGCUAUCUGUGAUAAAGACUGAUGAUCCAGAGUGGUUCUUCUUCUGCCCACGAGAUAGGAAGUAUCCUAACGGUCAUCGUUCGAAUAGAGCAACGGAAGCUGGUUAUUGGAAGGCUACAGGGAAGGAUCGAACAAUAAAGUCUCGAAAAUCAGCUGGUAAUACUACCUUGAUUGGUAUGAAGAAAACACUGGUUUUCUACCGUGGUCGUGCUCCAAAUGGAAAGCGUACAAACUGGGUCAUGCAUGAGUAUCGUCCCACUGAAAAGGAUCUUGAUGGUACCGGCCCUGGCCAGGGUGCAUUCGUCCUUUUCCGCUUGUUCAGGAAGCCAGAAGAGAGGCCCAGCAUUGUAAAGUAUGAUGAAAUAGAACAGACUGCAUACUCUACUACAGCUGCCAAGUCCUCUCCUGAUGAUGCAUCAUCCGAUCUUGUUCAAGAAACAGCUACAUCUGAAAUGAGUUCAGGAAAGCAACCUGAAGAUAUAAAGAUGUGGUCAACUGAGUCUGACAACAUGACUUCUAAUGCUGUGGUGCCUAUUGAUAGCUGCAGUAAUAGUCGUGCAACUUCAGAUGUUGAAGAUCAAGUGCCAGAAGCAACAGCUGUGGAGGCAUAUCUACCACUGGAUGAAAAUUCACCCUUACAUGAGCCCAUGUCUGGUGAACCUGAUUGUAAAGUUUUCUCCCCAAUGCGAUCACAGAUUCCAGUGGACCUCGGAUACUACAUGGAUUCACCUUAUGCCAGUGACUUUGGCAACAAUCAAAAUGGAUUUUCCUUUCUGGAUGGCACCAGUGAACAGGAUGUAUCCCUCACUGAAUUGUUAGAUGAUUACUUAAACAACCAUGAUGACUAUUCUGGUGAAGAAACAAGCAGUCAGAACACCUUGGGUGUUGGAAGUGAGACUCAGUUGUUUGGCCAGGUACCACCAGGAAACUUUCAUGUUAAGGACCAUGGUAUAUACAAUGGGAUGGCUCAAGAACUGCAUGCUUCACACAUGGGAGCCCCGGUGUGGCCUGGUGAUCAAUUUGAUAGCUAUGAGCUAUUACAAUUGCAAACUGCACUUGGUACUUGCCAAGCACCCACAUCCUUUUCUGAUGGAGAAAUUGGAAGGGGAAAUAUUGGACAUUUUGGAAAUAACUUUGUUGGACAAGAUGCUCCACCUGCCAAUUCUGCAAUCUCAUCCUUUGAUGUAUAUAAUAGUAUGGAAGAACCAACCAGCCAAAUGACCUCUGUAGACUAUGGCAGUGGUGUUAGUGGAUCUGGAAUCAAGAUUAGGACCCGCCAGCCUCAAGUCCGGCGACAUUCAGACAACUUGGUUGCCCAGGGCAGUGCCCCAAGAAGAAUCCGUUUGCUGGUAGAACGUUCAGUUGAAUCAGUUGGAAAUUUCAAGGUUAAUGAUGCAACCCACGUUGAUGAUGAAGAUGAGGUGCAAUCAGCUGUAACCGAGGCCACUGGAGAUGCUGAAAAACAGGCCUCUACAGUCGAUGAAGAUGAAGAUGAGGUGCAAUCAGCUGUAACCGAGGCCACUGGGGAUGCUGAAAAACAGGCCUCUACAGAUGAUGAAGAUGAAGAUGAGGUGCAAUCAGCUGUAACCGAGGCCACUGGAGAUGCUGAAAAACAGGCCUCUGCAGUUGAUGAUCUGCAGAAUGAAAGCCCACUUGCAAUUUCCAAGACCAACAAGGAAAUUGCUGAAGAGUCUUCUUCAAAUCUGAGGUUACGAGUGAAAAGGGAAGCUGACUCCGGGAGCGGUCAGAUAGCAUCGCCAGCUUUUCCAGCUGCACCUCCUGCACAUCAUGGACACAAAUCAUUAUCAAUUUAUGUCAGCAUUUUCCUCCUCCUGAUCUUGUUCAUAGCUUUUGCUGGGAUGUGGAGAUCCCUCGAGUCUGUGAAGUUGCUCUGGUUACAGGAUGGUGCAAGUGAUAAUUUGUAGUGCAUGUUUUCUUUCAACGAGGAGCAGCAUAGUUUUGUAGAUGGCAUUUAAACACUUAAAAGGCAUAUAUAACGGAGGUCACUGCUUGCUACUAGUGUGUGUAUACUAUGACCUCUUGUUCAUGUAAACUUGGAUUAGUUUUUCUGUACAAUAAAUAACUCUGAUAGUA